AUGGAGACGGCGCGUCUCGCCGCAUUGGUCCAUGGCCUCGAGUAUGGCGUGGCCUUUCUCCUCGCGCUAGUCUCCGUUGCGUACCUGCGACAGCAGCGCUCCACCGCGUGGCGUGGCAGCUCGGGCGCCGCGCGGAGGCUCAUCUUACCUUCGUUCGAGCCAAUGCUAUGGGGCUUUGUCGGUCUCUCGGGCACGUACGCCACGUACUUUGCCGUGACGCUCUCGCGCGGCUACACGGGUCCAGGACCCGGGCCAUAUGCGUGCGUGUACAACGAAGCCAUCUACCAAGGCGAGCACUUUCACGUCGUCUUUGUCGCUGUAUUCCUCUACCAAAAGAGCGUGUCGGUGCCAGCGAUCUCGCGGACUUUAGUGCUAACGCUCCUGCUACUCGUGUCGCCCGUGGGGCUCAUGGGCCUCGCGAGUGCGUUGCGCUCGAGCCCUGACACAGAUGGCUAUGUCUUUCAACUGCAGUACGCGAUCGCCGUGUUCGCGCGCUUGGUGCUCGUCCUCUUCUUUCUCCGCCUCGCGUGCCGGCCGCUUGCCCGCGCCAAUAUCAAUGUCGUGCGCGAACUCUGUGGGUUUGCGCUGGUCUUCUACGCCCUCGGCGGCGUCUCAAUGCAGCUCUCGUACCACGCAAUACGCGAAGGCAACGCGCACCUCGAGACGUGGAGCGUGUACGUGCACAUCGCGCGCUCGUGCUGGAUAUCGCUCGCGCCAUUCUUCGUCUGGCGUGUGCUCAUCGCCGACACGGCGCACUGGCGCGGGCUCAGCGUGCGCGCGCUGCACCUCGAUACAGACCGCGCCAGUGUCCAAGAGAUCAUGUCGGCCGAAGGGCUCCACAUUCUACUCGAGAUGCACCGGCGCAACCUCAUCGACUUUGCCCAUCUGGAGUGGCACCAGCGGCUCGGCGCUGGCGGGUCCGCGACCGUGUACCGCGGCACGCUGCACUCGUCGCUCGACGUCGCCAUCAAGGUGUACACGCCGCAAGAGAUUUCCGAAGCGAUUGUGGCCGAGUUUUCCCACGAAGUGGGCUUUUGGGGCGUGCUCCGCCACCCCAACAUUGUGUCGUUCUAUGGCCUCUGCGUCUGCCCGCCCAUGAUCUGCCUCGUCGCCGAGCUCUGCCGCGGCAGUCUCGACGACUUGCUGAGCUGCACGUCGCCGCUGUCACCGCUUGUCGAGCUGUGUUAUAUGCUCGACGCUGUCCGCGCCGUGGCGUUUUUGCAUUCAUUUUCGCCGCCGCUCUUGCACCGCGACAUUAAAGCCGCCAAUUACCUCCUCGACGCCACCAACCACCGCGUCAAGUUGUCGGAUUUUGGCGAGUCGCGCGUCGCCGACGUCCAGCGCAUGUCGGUGCGCGGCACCGUCGAGUACAUGGCGCCCGAGAUGAUCGACGGCAAGCGAGGUGCUGCGUCGUAUGCGACCGCCUCGGACGUCUUUAGCUUGAGCAUGACGCUAUGGGACAUCUUGCACCCGCGCCAGUUCAAGUACCCGCGCGGCACGAAGAAUCACAUGCACAUCUUCACACUCGUCCUCGACGGCGCGCGCCCGCCGCUGCGCGAUACCCUCUCGCCAGCACUGCGGAAACUGCUUGUCGCUGCGUGGGCACCUGCUGCGAUCGACCGACCGUCGGCCGCUUCCAUGGUCACGAUCCUCGCCUCCCUCCUCGAGGACGAGACGGCGCGUCUGGCCAUGGCCCUUGAGCGCGAGACGAUGCCCACGACGGGCGCCGAGCUCGUCGACGCUCUCAUCGACGCCAAUCGUGGCAUUCGCGAUAAAUUCGAAGCCGUUCGCGUCGGCAACGCACUCCUCGAGACAGGACACCUCCACGACGUCAAACACGCGCGCAGCUUUCAAAACAGCCCACGGAUACAGUACACGUGGCAGCCGUCGGCGCGACGGUCGUCGCUCCUGGCGUUUGCCCUCGACGACGACGGUCGCUGCAAGUGCCCUUUACACGGCCAAGGCCUUGGCACCGCUUCGAAGCCAUCUAAGCGCCGGUACCGACUGUACAAGAAGCAGCGGUCGGCGGUCGAGAUGCUUUUGGAGCCAGAGACGGACGACGACGAGACGAUGAUGUGGGGUGACGACAUCCACGUUCGUGACACGCUCGCACAGUAACAGCACGGCAGAAAAAGCAUAGAAUAGCGGGCGACCAAAUCCCAGCGUGCAUCUCCCACCCCAACCAGUAUCAGCGAGGGCAGGAC